UGCUCUGUGGUAUGCAAGAAGUUGAUUUAGCCGACUGGCAGAGGAACACUGUUUAUCGUCACUAUACAAGGAAUAGCAAGCAGAUCAUAUGGUUCUGGCAGUUUGUAAAAGAAACGGACAACGAGGUUCGCAUGCGACUUCUGCAGUUUGUUACUGGCACUUGCAGGUUACCACUGGGUGGAUUUGCUGAACUUAUGGGAAGUAAUGGUCCUCAGAAAUUCUGCAUUGAAAAAGUUGGUAAGGAAACCUGGUUACCAAGAAGUCACACUUGUUUUAAUCGUUUGGAUUUGCCACCAUAUAAAAGCUAUGAACAACUAAAAGAGAAGCUGCUCUUCGCCAUUGAAGAAACAGAGGGAUUUGGUCAAGAGUAGAAGUGGCUUCUAGUCAAAAAGGAGAUCUUGCAUAACAAAAGGCCCAGCCAACUAAAAUUGCACACUUAAUUGUAUAUAAGCUUUUUGUUCUGUACAGUGAUCUUUCUGGAACUCUAAAAGUAUAAUUGUUCUCCGUUCUUCCACAAAGAUAUGCAAAACAGUUCAGCCUUUUCUACUUUUAUUUAUUGCCCUUCCAAAAGACCAGAAAAACCCCUCAUAAAUUUUGAAAGCAGACAAGAGACUUAUUUAAAAUAUAUAUAAAAAGUAUAAAUAUAUAGACUAAUAGGCUCUAGUUUUAUAGAGCUUCAAGUGUAUGAAAAGUUGCAGCCAUUUAAAAGGGCCUGGAUUUGCUUUAUCUUGGCUUUAUUAUUCAGAAACAUGUUUAAACUGCUCUGUGUUCUCUCUUAAGAAACAUCUCCAAGUUUGUUUUGUUGCAUGGCUGUUCUAAAAGGUGUUAAAGGCUUAGGCCAAACGUAUCCUAAAUAUGUAGAAAGAUGCUGCUGGUAUUUGAGACGACAGAAUAUGUGGUUCUGUCAGUUUAAUUUUUUUAAAUGCGUAAAUAGCUGAUAUAUCCCUCUUUACUGAUCCCUCUAGCCAAGGUCAUGAAUAAAGCCUUUACGACUUGCACAAGAGUCAUGUACAAUAAGAUGAAUGUGAUUUAAUGUUGAAAGGAAUUGGUGCCACUGUUCUGACUUACUGUAGGAGCUGAACAGAGUAUUUUAAUUAAUUUGAGCAGCAUUGAAAUCUGUUUACAUAUUACCUUGGGUUAUUACCACGAGGAUGUUAGGUAAUCUUCAAAGAAAAAAAAUAACAAUAAAAAAGAAAAUAU